AUGGCAAAGCUCCUGACAGUUUUGGGUGUGCUGCUCACCUUGCACAUGGUUGCAUCUAAUAACCUGAUGUGCCGCAUUACCAACUGGGCCCAGUAUCGUCCAGAUAAUGGAAGGUUCACUCCAGACAAUGUCGACCCUUUCCUGUGCACCCACGUCAUCUACGAUCUGGUCACGAUCAACAGCUUCAACCAAAUCACCCCCAUCGAGUGGAAUGAUGAGGACCAGUUUGUACGCCUCCAGCUUCUUAAGAACACGAACCCUGUCCUGAAGACUCUGCUAACUGUGGGAGGCACAGUAAAUGGAAUCAGCCCAUAUGUCUCAGUGGUCUCCAAACCAGAGAACCGCGCUGCAUUCAUCCAAUCAGCGCUCAGCUAUCUGCGUACUCAUAACUUUGAUGGGUUGAAUGUGGCGUGGGACUAUCCUGGCCACAACGGAAGUCCAAUGGAAGACCGGCAACGCUUCACUUUGCUGCUGUCGGAAAUGGCCCAAGCAUUUGAUCAGGAAGCCAUGGAUAACAGAAAGCCUCGUCUGAUACUGUCAGCUGAUGUGGCAGGUUUCCGCACAACCGUUAAUGCAGCCUAUGAAGUCAGCAAGAUUGGACUUUAUUUGGACUUCCUCAACCUUAAGACUUUUGACUACCAUGGAAGCUGGGAGAGCGUCACUGGACACAACAGCCCUCUGUAUCGCAGUAAUGUGGAUCCUGGGUCUAUGAUGUUCCAUAACAUUAACGACUCUGUGUCCAACUGGCUGGCCAAAGGAGCACCUUCUGAGAAGCUGCUGCUCGGUUUCCCCACAUACGGCCGCACCUUCCGCCUCACCACCGGAGCUAAUGGUCUGGGAGCUCCAGCCAAUGGCCCCGCAGAGGCUGGCCCCUACACACGCACUGCUGGCUUCUGGUCCUACUAUGAGGUGUGUGGCUUCCUUCCCAGUGCUACUGUUGAGUGGAUCAGUGAGCAGGAGGUUCCCUAUGCCACCUAUGCCAGUGCCUGGGUUGGCUACGAUGAUCAACGCAGCUUCUCUUCUAAGGUCCAGUAUAUGACUGCUCACAGAAUGGGUGGAGCUCAUGUGUGGACACUGGACAUGGAUGAUUUCAGAGGCUCAUUUUGUGGCUCAGGGGCUUAUCCACUGGUCAACCACCUCAGGAUGUCUAUGGGAUUUGGGCCCAAGCCUACCACCACCCCAGCACCCACCACCACUCGGGACCCCAUGGCUGACUUCUGCCGGGGCCGCCCUGAUGGCCUGUAUGAGAAUGUAGCAAACAAAAACACUUUCUUUCAGUGUUUCCAGGGAAACACCUACCUGCACCACUGCCAGCCUGGUCUGAUCUAUUAUGACUCCUGCAAAUGCUGCGACUGGCCCCGAUAA